CAGAAGACUGAGGAAAGAGAGACGAACAGGGCACGCGAGAAGGCGAGUAGGAUGAACAUGGCAAUACCCAGAACGUCUGAGCGCUUUCAAUCCGAUCACAACACGCGUCUGACAUCGAUUUGGGCAUGGAUCACUCGCAGCAGAGACAGAGUCCAGAUGACUGACGUUACACCUAGGCUUUGGACAAAAUGAGGGUCAUCUACAUCCAGAACGCCGGCUUCGUCGCUGCUUUCUCGGGAGGCAAUGACGGUUGAGGUUUUUAGCUGUGACUUUGAGAUAUUGGCUGUAUUUCACGGUACAUUAUUAUAGGAUAUGCAGCGCCCUUAUUAAAAAAAAAAAAAAGAAAACUGGCAGAUCAUGCCAGUUCACGCAAAACGAAAGAGAAAGAUAGCUCGAUGUAAUAUGUGUUGAGAAUUGAUGUAUUGUUUCGAAUGACAAUAGCGAGAGGUGCUGUAAGUGGCAUAGGCUACCUACCUGAAAGAAAUUUGUUUAACAUCAAACGUAGGCUAAAUGGUGCCACUGGCAACAUCGAGUCGCAUUCUUGGUUUUUGUCAUUGCUAGCUACUUAAAAUUAGACACUUAUAAUAUGCAAUGUAAAAUAUAUUUGACCGGUCAGUUUAUAGCCAACUCAUGAAAUAUACGUUCACUUUAUAAUGGUAUAGCCUAUUUAAUUCAUUAAUUAGUCGAGUGAUUUUUUUAAUUGUGAUAGCCGGCUAUGUAGAUUAGACUCCUUGGCUAAUAGAUAUAACAAAUGCGAGUGAUCCAUAGACAAUCUUAGAUUUUAGAUGUUAAUUAUAAUUAAUCAUUUCCUUGGUUAUUUAUUUAUUUAUUAAGACUAUUACUAGGCCUCUUAGUAUUAUAUUAUCGAUAUUUGCCUAUAACGUUGGGGAAGAAUUAGUAUUAGCUUUCCUGAAAAUGGAAUCAGGUUGUGCAUCACCUCGAAGCGUCUCUCGCACUGAGGCUGAACCUGUUCGGUCCUCAAUGGCGAAAACCGGAGGGGACGAAUCGCCUGCAACAUCACCUGCCGGCCACCCGGUGCCAGAAACACCCACGGGUGACGGCAGGAGAAGUUCGGGCGUCAAGAAACAUCACCACAAACACAACCUGAAACAUCGUUACGAGUUGCUGGAGACUCUGGGAAGAGGGACAUAUGGCAAGGUGAAGAAAGCCAUUGAAAGACACUCCGGGCGAGAGGUGGCCAUAAAGUCCAUUAGGAAGGAGAAGAUCAAAGACGAGCAGGAUAUGGUGCACAUUCGCCGAGAGAUAGAGAUCAUGUCGUCCCUCCGUCAUCCACACAUCAUCUCUAUCUAUGAAGUGUUUGAGAACAAGGACAAGAUUGUAAUCGUGAUGGAGUAUGCCAGCAAAGGCGAGCUGUACGACUACAUCAGUGAGCGACGCAGGCUAAGUGAGCGGGAGACUCGACACUUCUUUCGACAGAUCGUCUCUGCCGUGCACUAUUGUCACAAGAAUGGAGUGGUGCACAGGGAUCUGAAACUGGAAAACGUGCUACUAGAUGAAAACUGUAACAUCAAAAUUGCUGAUUUCGGCCUUUCCAACUUAUAUCACAAGGACAAGCUCCUGCAGACAUUCUGUGGGAGCCCCCUGUAUGCUUCGCCGGAGAUAGUCAACGGGAGGCCCUAUCGUGGCCCAGAGGUGGACAGCUGGGCACUGGGUGUGCUGCUGUACACUCUGGUCUAUGGGACAAUGCCGUUUGAUGGAGGAGAUCACAGAAACUUGAUUCGCCAAAUCAGCAGCGGGGAAUACAGGGAGCCCACUCAGUCUUCAGACGCCCGCGGUCUGAUCCGCUGGAUGCUGAUGGUGAACCCUGAGCGGCGGGCGACGGUGGAGGACAUUGCCAACCACUGGUGGGUCAACUGGGGCUGGAAGAACAGCGUGUGCGACUGCGAGGCCCAGCGGGACGCCGGCUCUCCCAUGCUGGCCCGCUUCAUCGACUGGCAGAACCGCGCUGAGCCCCGGCCCACCAAAGCCACGCGCCCAGAACCGCUGCUGCUCGUCCGCCAGCGGCCCAAGAAGUCCAAGAAGGAGAAUGACGCGGGGGCGCCUCACUGUGGCGAGGAGGACAACCUGGAGCUGAAGCGACCCAAGGGGAUCCUGAAGACCAGGCCGUCAGACGAGCAGCACUCCCCUAGUCUGGAAGAGAUCGAUUUGGGACCUGCUGCCAGCGUUCCUAAAGGGGACUUGAUAACUGGUGCUAGAGAAGAGGAAGAGGAAGAGGAAGAGGGGCCUCCACUGAUGGGAAGUUCGCCCACCAAAGCAAUGCCUAGUCUCCCCAAGAAGGGCAUCCUGAAGAAUAACCAACAGCGUGAAUCAGGGUACUACUCCUCGCCAGAGCGCAGUGAGUCCUCCGAGUUGCUAGGGGGCAGCAUUACACCUCUCGUGGCCAGUUCGCCGCCGAAGAGGGCCGUGGGCAGAAAAGGAAUCUUGAAACGCAACGGCAAGUUCUCCACCUACAGUGCCAUGCCGUCCAUGAGCGUACUGGGCGAGCCGUCGUCCUCUGCUGACGCCGGCCUGUCCCGCAGCCAGAGUCGCCCGUCCAGCAUCGUGGGCGAAGACAGCGUCGUCCUCGCCAACAGCUCGUUCAGCGGAGCCGAGUGGCCGCCCUCCACCCCGAGGCCCAACAUCAGAGGCUGCGUGUCCGCUGAGAAUCUGCUUCAGCUGGCCAAUUUCAAGGGCCUCCAGGCGGCACCGCCUCUCCCUGGGGCCAAGUUCGGCCGUAGCCCCCAAAGCUCCCCGGGGGACAACGGCAGCUUCUCCCUGCUGGGCGACCUGGACGACAUGACUCAGGUAUACCAGCAAGCCCUAGACAUCAGCAGCAACCUGACCUAGAGGGGAGAUGAGAGAGAGAGAAGGUGAAAGUAAGAAAGAAAGAAAGAAAGAAAGAAGGGGGUGUGAGAGGGUUGAUGGUACAAUCUGACUGUCUGUGUGGUGGCUAUGUGAAUGUCUUUGCGUGCUCUAUAAUGACGACCAGUGUGGUGCUGGGAAAUGCUUACUGGGAAUAAAGCGCUCCGCUGUGGGAUCCAAUCAUGCAGGAAGCUGUACUCACUAAGACAGACGCACACACACAUACUGUAAGUCUCAUAGACAGGAGAAGAGUAGGGGGAAGUGAAAUGUGGUACAAUGAGAGUGGCUCGCCCCAGUCUAUCUCCCUAGCUCAAGUGCUGCAGCCAAAUGUUUACAUGUUCAUUUGAAAAUCAAGAAGUAGAAUCACAAACACAAGACACCAUGCAGUGGUAGACUCUAAGAAACAGGGGGGUAAAACCGCUCGCUGAGCAGAGAGAGUCAAACUGAGUUUACAAAGGCACCUUAACACUCACCCAGAGCUCAUGUUUUUGUGAUCUUUGCUUCCUGUAAAUGAAAAAAAAAGAAAAGAAAACAAACCAGGGUCUUGCUCCAAAAGAACUAUCAUUGUUAUUAUUUAUUACUAUUUAGCGUAGAUGUAGUGAUACCAAACUGGUGUGGUCUGGCUCUACUGGAAGAGUGGAUGAGCUCAAUGUCUCCAAUCCCUUUGUAUGGAAUUGACAUAUAUGAUUAUUGUGUUAUUCAAUUAACUGACCUAGCGUAUUCGAUAUAUCUCGAAGACCGCAUAUGUAAUACAAGGGGUCACAUAUAUCACGCAUAUAUGUCCUUAAGCAUAUGUAUGGUUUGUAUGGGAACAUGUAGGAAGUGCCUUUUUUCAAUUCAUAUGAAAUUGUGUAUGUCAUUUCCUAAAAGUGGAGAGAGAAAUGCCAGGUUAAGCCAUCACCAGAUGCGCUCUUGUUGUGUUGAAUGUGGAAAAGACCCAGGACCUCAAGGCACCGAGCCUCUCGUAGGGAUGUCAAAGGUUACAGUGCCAAAUAGGAUCUGCAGCCCCUGUCUGUACAAAAGCCAUGUUGUCAUAGUCACCCGCUUCUCAAACCCACCUCACAGGCCACAUGGAUCUUGUGCCUUGUUUGUUUGUUUGUUUGUUUUGUUGUUUUCCCUGGACUCCCACUCUGGGUGGCCUCUUGACUGGACAUUCUGGACACACUCACCUUAGCCCAGCUUUACAAAGGUACAAGUCUCAGACGCACUCUCAGUUCCUAGGAAUGUUCUUUUUUUUUGGGGGGGGGGCAUAAUUUGCUUUUCUACUUUGUUUUGUCUGGAGGGCCCUGAAGUGGACCUUCUGGUUUAAAUCCCCCUUUGUCUUUAGAGGAGCCAUUUUCAUACCGAUUGAUUGGUAGCUACAAGAGUGAGCAGGGUGAUUACUGAAUUUGGGGGGGGGGGGGGGGGGGGGCUGCAUGAUGUUCAGUCUGUUAUUAUAACAUGUCUUAAGCAAACUUUGAAACUAGAUCUGUUUGAGAAAAUAAAAAAACAGAUACGCUGGGAUGGAGUGAUGAGAGGGCACAUUCCAGUCCAGACAUGUGGGCACAAGAGAUCUUAUCAGCGCUAGACUUUGUGGCUUUUUCAGUGUUUGUCACUAUUUCUUAUUAAGCAGGGCAAAACAUUUAGUUGAAUGUGCUUAUCAAUCAAAAAUGCUGUAGAUUUCAUUUUGUUUAUGUUUUGAAUCUUAGCAAGAGAAAUAGAGAGUAUGAGUGAAGUAGAAGUCAGAGGUGGAGAGAGAGAAGUGGGUGGAGCAUCAAGUUGGUGUAGACAGUAGAUGGGAAGAGAUUGUAUACUGUAGAUAGGUCAGAACUAGAAAGAUGUUGUUGUUGCCGUGGUUAGGCGGCAUAGGAAGGAAAGAUAAAUGUAAGUGUUAAUGAAAUGAGUACCAAAGGAAGGUAGAGACAUGAGACAAAGUAACAGAAUGUUUGCUAUGAAGCCAAAGAGGAAUGAAAGGUUUAUAUUCUUGUUCAUUUUGUAGCUUGUGAAUGUACAGUAUGUAGUGGUAGUUCCUCAGUUGAGUAGGAUUUAAGGAGCCUUAAGUUUUGAGGUUUUAGUUUGGAAAGCCACAGUUUGGGUGGUCAGCAGGAUGGGGAGGUCAGGGAUGUGUCCAGCUGGAUGGAUAUCUGUCACUCUUCGGGAGAUAGAUGAACCUCUACACACCAAACCAAACCAAAGCGCAAAGAGUCAAUGCCCAUUAAUGAGAGACUAGCCCUCGCUAGCCAUUACUGCCCACACAGCAGAGAACAAAUUCUCCAUGAGUGUGUCCUGGAGGUUUAGAGACACUGCUAUGAUGCUGGGUUCUGUAGAG